CUGAGAUGAAUUAUUUCUAGGUACGAUUUUCGAUUGACAGAAAAUGGAGAAUAUUUUGUCUCUUAAAGAAUCGAUAGUUAUUUACUUGGAUAGAAGUGGAGGGCUGCAGAAACUCGUUGAAGCCUGUCAAUCUUUCAAAGAUUUUCAGCAGGUGUAUCAUUUUAGUUUUGAAGUAAAUCCAUCUGACAUUUUUGAACUGGAUGCCAGAUUGGGAGAUUGCAUAUUACACAACCCUCAGAAAGCUACCUCACUGUUUCAGUCUGUUUGUUUUUUGUCAAUAAAGACAUUGUCACUAAUUAAGCACAUAAACGCUGAAAAUCAGGUUAACGUUGUUCUGAAACUAGCGCACAUGCCACCUUUCCCAGACUACUUUCUGGAUUUAUCUGAGUUCCCUUGGGGUUAUGGGCAUAUGAGGCCUAUGGCAUUGGAGGGUCUUGUAAUUGCCAUGACCUGUGUCACGAAAUACACUCAGGGAGCCAGAUUUCUAUGUGCAGAAGAAAAAUGUCCUUGUUCAAGGGGAUUCCACCACAUUAGAGUACAUGCUCCAGGAGCCACAGAGUCUGCUACUGUUAGAAGUGACUGUAUCUGUUUUCUCUGCUCUUCACCACUUAAAGAGGAUGUAAAAUCUCGUGUUUUAGGGGACAAGCAGCUGAUUGAGCUUGUUCACGUGAAAGCACUGGAAGGGUUGGGAGUUCAUGACUGUUUUUCACUAAGAUAUCAAUCGGUCACUUUAUUUCUAAGAGAUGAAUUUUGCAACUCCAUGAAAAUUGGUCAGCUGUACCGAGUAGUUGGAAUACCAACUCAUGUACAACAGUGGCCCAAUCUUACUUGGAGCAUAGAGGCUUGCAGUGUUCAAACACAUACACCUGACUACCAUUCCCUGGUCAGCAAUAAUUUCAAGGCCCUGCAUACUGCUUCAGCUUGUUCACCAUGGAGAUUCUCUGCCAUUGUGGCCAACUCAUUUGGCUUAGCAGUCGUUCCUCCUGGUCUUUACAGCACACUGAAACUGUCACUUCUCCUCAGCCUGGUGCAGACCAACAGGGAGUAUUCAGAUGCACAUAACCAUUUGGAUGUGCUGGCACUCACCAGUGAAACUUACAUUAUUGAGAGGUUAAUGAUGUACAGUUUGAGCCUGGCUGCACGGGGCAUUCGUCAUCCAGUUAAUGGAGAGCUGUUUACUUCCCUGUCCAGAGAUGAGCAUGGAGCAGGAACAGCCAACAUCCAUGCUGGUUCUGCCCUGCUGGCUGCUGGGGGUGUGUGUCUGUUGGGAGAUUUAGCAUACUACAAGAAAGACAAGAUAGAUGCUCUUCAGUCAGCAUUAGAGAGCAGAGCAGUGUCUGUGUUUAUCCCUGGAAAGAAGUAUGGUGAGGAUGUAGACCAGCAACUUUCAUUUCCCAUCCAUUGUAACUUCUGGGCCCUGGCUGAUGCAACAGCACCUUCCAGGAAGCCUACCAGGCCUGACGGUGUAGUGCUUGGCUCAGUGGAAAUAGGUCCGGUACCUCCACAGGUUGCGGAGGCAAUUGGACUAGUGAUCCAGUGCAGGGAGGCAGAAGACCACUCACUGUUUUCUGUACAUACCCUGCAGCAUGCAAUUUCACCAGGGGAACCUCUUUAUCCUGCCUCCAUGCAGUUUACAACAGAGCACUACAAAGAGCUCUUGACUUAUGCUCAGAGUCUGAAAGUACACAUGAGCCCUGAAGCUGAGAAGAUGGUUCAUGGUUACUAUAUGGCCAAUCGGAGGGUGCGCUCUUCAGUAUCUGUUACAUCAAUUAAACUGCUUGUAGCCCUUGCACAGGCACAUGCCAAGCUUAAUCUAAGGACACUGGUUCUACAAGAAGAUGUGGUGAUUGCAGUGUUGCUCUGCGAAAACUCAACCACUCUAAGAUAUGGGGCCUCAGCUCUUAUUAUUCCACCUGAUGCAGUGUUUCCUUAUGAUCUGCAUGACCUGGAGUCCCUGUGCAGACGAGACCUGCUCCUAAAAGAGUUUCAACAGCAGAUUCUGCAAUUUGUGUAUUCCUACGCACCAGGAGUAGCCACCUAUAGCAUGGAAGAAUAGAAUACAUUGUUAACCAGCAGACCACCUGAAUUGUUUACAAGCAUUUAUGAUUAAAUAUUUCAGAACAUAAACCUAGGACAUACAUGGCUGUCUAAAAUGCCUAAGCUCCAGAUGACAAGUUUAAAAAAUACUAAUUAAACUCAUUGGGCAAGAAAAGCUACUCAGCAACUUAA